AUGUUUCUCUCCAUCGCGCAAUCCUGUAUAUUAACAUUCACUCCUGCCACGUCUUCCCCUAAAGCUGCAAUCAAAUUAUACCCAAGUUUUAAAAAGAGCGCUUAUCUUUUCAAAGGAGCAAGAACGACAGACAACUUCUUCUGUCUAGGUGACUGGAACGACAUUUUUGAGUGGAAAGGGGCAAAAGGAGUGACAAAGUCUGUGGACGCUUUAUUUGCCGACACGAUGCCACGCGUACCAGCAAAAACAGGUACAGUUGCUGUUUCAGAUGCGCAAAUAGUGCCUGCCACUUCACAGCCAUCAGCAACUCGUUUAAUGCAACUUAAAGAAGAAGCCGAUAUGCAACAAUUGCAUUUUCAACAACUUCAGCAACAACAACAACAACAACAACAACAAUAUCAACUUCAUCAGCAAGCACAAAUGCAACAAAUGCAACAUCAAACUCAAAUGCACCAACAUCCGUUGCAGUACCCACAAAACAUUGGUUCUGCAACUGGUACAUUAAGUACAAAUACCACUCUUGUACCAGUUGCUACAAAUACAACAAAUGCAACUUCAAUUGCUGGAGGUGGAUACACUUUUCCUCGAAAUUCUCCUGAAUUUGCAUGUGAAAAUGUAGGAGAACGUGUAAAAGGUAAACGACGGAAAUAUUGUCCACAUGAAGUUACUGCUUUGGUAUUGGGAGUUCAGCGAUAUGCAGAUGACAGUUGUCCAUGGAGUUCUAUAUUACGUGAUCCUCAUCUUGGUCAUUUAUUUCAUGGUCGCAGUGGCGUUGAUUUAAAGGAUAAAUGGCGAACAUUAAUAAAAACACGACCAGAAUUGGCAACAUAUACUGAAAAUCGAAAGAAUCACCGAAAAUAUCGACCAUUUUCAGCAACAGAAGAACGUGCAUUAUUAGAAGGAGUGAAAAAAUACAAUGGGCAACGUAAUGUAUGGUCAUUGAUUCUGAUUGACAAAGAAUUGGGACCACAAUUUAAUGAUCGAUCAAAUGUGCAAUUAAAAGAUAAAUUUCGAACAAUGAGGAGAGCAGGAACGACAUCAGCUUUACUUAUUACUGGAGGUGGUACACCUAGUCAACGCACAAGUGGAACAACGACGUCUGGAACUAGUACUGGUACUGUUACUGUCACAAGUAGUACAAGUAAUACCUCGUUACCAUCUAGAACGUCUAUGAUCUCAACUACUACGAAUCGAGUGCCAUCUUCAGUAUCCGUUGCAAGUCAACAAGCUGCUGCAUUAUUAGUUCAGAAUAGUCAUGCAGCUUCGGCUAUGUUUGCUGAUCCGAAUUUAUAUUUGGCCGGGUCUUUUGCACUUCCUCCUCAUCUUUCGCAAGGUUUGAAUAUGCAACAUUUGGCAAAUACACAAAUGCGACAACAUGCACAUGCUCAAGCUCAAGCACAAGCUCAAGCUCAGGCUCAAGCUCAAGCACAAGCUCAAGCUCAAGCUCAAGCUCAUGCUCAAGCUCAAGCUCAAGCUAUUGCAAAUGCGCAAGCUCGAGCUGCUCAGGUACAAUUGGAAGCACAGAUGCAACACAUGCGGGCACAAAGUGGGCAAUCGCUUAAGUCUCAGCAAUUUCAGGCUUUGAAUGCAAUUAAUGGUGCAUUUAGUACAGGUAUGCCAGGGUAUCAAUUGAUGGGGAAUCAAAUUGUACCACAACAGGCAUUGUACUAUCCGAUGAUUCAAAAUUCUUCUUCUCAGCAACAAAUGCAUUUGCAGCAACAAGUGCAACAGCAAAUGCAACAACGUCAACUACAGCAGCAACAUCAGCAGCAACAACAACAGCAGCAGCAACAGCAACAACAGCAACAACAGCAACAACAGCAACAACAGCAACAAUUAGCAGCAGCUAUUGCUGCUUCAAGCAAGACGCAGAUGCAACAGCAACAGCAACAGCAAAAGUUGCAUGCAGUAAAUGACAUCUCACGUGGUUCAAGUGAUGCAAACCUGUCAUUAACUGAACGCACUGUUGAAAACAGUAUGAAGGCUACUGGUUCUGACGAUACCGUGUUGUACGAAGGUCGAGUGGAUUCAUCCUUAGAUUCCGAUCAUAACACGCGUACCAUUUAG